AUGGCUGGUCCGACUACACCCAGUGCCGAAGGUCCCACGUUUGCCCCGCCACACCUCCCCGCAGGCUGGAUCGCGCAGUGGGAUGGCUCGAGCAAGAAGUAUUACUAUGUCCAGCUCGCUACCGGCGUCUCCCAAUGGGAUACGCCCACCCAGGCCGUCCAGACGGGAAACACCCCAGCCCAUAACACAGAUCAUCCCUUUGGGACGCCUGGGGCCGCCUCGUCGUCUGCUCCGUUAUCGCAGCAUCAGCUCCUUCCCGGCCAGGAGCUCAUCACCCACCCCGACGGAUCGCAGACCGUUCGACACCCCGACGGCACAAUGGAACCUAUCUUGCCCGAGAAUAUGAGGGGUGUUGCUGACGGUCCCAAUGGGGACAGAGGUCUGGGUAACAUGGCCAUGAAUGCCCUCCUCAGCAACAGCUCCGGCAAACACAGCAACAGCAACAGCAACAGCAGCAGCAAUCCCCUCGGUGCCCUGGCCGGUCAGCUCCUCGGUGGCAGCUCCUCCUCCUCCCACGGCAAGACGUCGACCUCUUCCACCGGAAAGAUCGUCGGACAGCUCGCCUCCAGCUUCCUCUCCAGCGCCAACCACAGCAGCAGCAAGCCGGAGCAGCCGCAGAACUACCACGGCGGACACAGCUCCUCGUCGGCGCAGCAGGGUGGUCUGGCUGGCUCUGUCAUGGGAGGUGUCGCCAGCAUAUUCGGUGGUGACUACGGAUACUCCAACUCGGGGUCCAACGGCGGCUACUCUGGCCAAGCACCCACGUACCACGCCGCCGUCGGCGGUUCCUCGUCCCACCACGCGUCCAGCUCCAUGCCCCCGCCAUCUUCAUCCUCGACCGCCUCCAACCCCCACCACGCAUACCCGUCCAGCGACGUGGCGUCGCCAACCUCGUCGCACCACUAUACGCCAUCGUCGGGCCCCGGUGCCCCGUCACCGUACGGCCACUACUCGUCGCACAGCCCGCAGCACGCCCCGCCUCCCCAGCACGCGGGGUACCCGCAGCAUCACCAGCCGCAGCAGCCCUCCUACGGCGCCGGUGCUUCUCACCACCAGCAGUAUGCGCCUCCCCCCGGCCCCCCUCCUGGCCCGCCUCCCCCCGGCACGUACGGCGGUGCACCCUCUCCCUACGGUGGCGGCGGCGGCGGCUUCCUGGGUCAGGGCCAGGGCCAAGGCCAGCACGGCCACGGCCACGGCCACGGCCACGGUAGUUCGUACGAGUACGUUGGCGGGGCAGGACAUGUGCCGUACGGUCAGCAGCAGCCGCAUGGGUAUGGGGCGCCGUACUGA